AUGGAGGAUAGCUUCCUCUCAAAAGCUCUUCUGGUUGUCGUGAUAGAGGUGAAGCGGGAGUAUGCAGGUCUGCGCAAGUGGGACGAGGAUGAGGAGAAGAGGAAAGACGAGGAGAAGACUCCGCAGGAUUGGGCAAGGGAGCUCUAUGCCGGAUACGCUGCACUAAGCCCGAAACACCCCAAGAACCGUGAUGCGGAGGUUGGGAUCACAUUGGUUGUCCCAUGGUGGGGCAAUGGGUUUGCAACUGAGGUGACAGAGUGGGUGCUGCAGCAUGCGUUUGAGCAACUUGCCUUGCAUCGCGUCUCUCUGGGUUACUUUGGGAACCCGGCUGCAAGAAGGGUAUACGAUAAAUGCGGAUUCGUUCAGGAAGGUGUGAACAGAAAGGCGUUUUGGGUUGACGGACAUUGGGUUGAUGAGGUUACGAUGGGAAUUAUUGACGAGGAAUAUUGGGCAAAGAAGCGCGCCCUUCAGCCUUAG